AAAGCUCAUUCCUGUUAUCUGAAUCUGAAAGUAGUGGUGGUGCUGGGAUAUUUCUAAUAUAACAAUUUCAAUUUCAAGUUUAAUUGUUGUCAUUUGGUACCAUUGAAGUCACCAGUUAUUUUCUUGUGUUUACAACAUCACUGUCAUCACUGGACUGUCCAGUGACUGUUCCCUUCCAUACUUUGAAGUGUGUAGCCACUUUCCAAGAUGGGGAAGUUGUAAUCCUGUUACAAAAUCAUUACAAAAUGCGUGCUGCUAAUAACGGAUAGCCAUGGGAGGGAACUUCAUCUCCUGGAGAAAUCCUUUGAGCAUUCAGUUAACGCCAUAGAGUGCCCCAACAGCUCAUUCAACUAUAUAAUGGACUAUCAUGAAAAUUACUACAAAGUUGUGGUCAUGGAACUAAACUCUUUUUGUUUAUGUAAAAUGAACAAUGUAAAUGUAAUCAAUUUGCGUAGGAGAAAGGAUUAUUUUUCAGCUGCCGUGCAUUGUGCAUCUGCAAGUCUGAAUAAAACUCAAGAAUUAAUAAACAUGGCAAAUCAUAUUGAUAUUUCAAAAUUUAAGAGAGAAGUUUUUACAAUUCAUGGCUUGCACAUGAACAUGCACGGCAAGCAUAAACUUGCUGCCAUCAUUGUGAAUUCUACGUUGAAACAAUUUUACUCGUGGCGAUUGGCCGUCAGGAAUGGCUUCUCCAUCCUGCACAACGGAGGAAAGUUGUUUCAACAGUACAUUGUUGACGCAUGGUGUAAAGUCGAGGCAAAUCAACUUUGGUUCAUCCGGCAGAACCAGCGAUCACUGAGAGUGGAAAAUUAUCGUGGUCUUCGUAGGUACCUGGAAGAAAGAGCGCGUGCGUUGGGAGCUCGGGUUGGAAAAUUGGUAGUGCUCCCAGCCAUGACUGUAGGAUCGCCGCGUUAUAUGCAGGCCAGGUACCGUGAGGCCAUGGCGAUUGUGGCACGUUACGGGAAACCAGAUCUCUUCAUUACUUUCACAACAAAUCCUAAUUGGCCCGAAAUUCAAGAGAAUCUGGAACAUCACCAACGCUUUGAACACCGACCGGACUUGGUCUGUCGCGUGUUCAAAUCAAAAUUCACACAAUUCCUCGACGACUUGAACAAAAGACAGGUGCUGGGUGUUACACAAACGUACACCUACGUAAUCGAAUUCCAAAAAAGGGGGCUUCCACAUGCCCACGUUUUGAUCACAAUGAGACCAGAAGACAAAAUUAUGAUCGACAAUGUGGAUGACAUUGUCUGUGCCGAGUUCCCCGACCGUGACAUGGACCCAACACUGUACGACAUCAUAGCUGAACACUAUGUUCACAGACCCUGUGGAGCCAACAAUCCCGUCGCCCCCUGUAUGCGAGACGGUAAGUGCUCCAAAGGCUAUCCGAUGUCGUUCAAUGAUGAGACCAUAAUUGAUCACGUCAGGAGACCUGUUUAUCGCAGGCGACGUGACGGACGGCCGAACAGCAGUCGUCGAGGAAACGGUAAUCGACAACCGAAGGAUUGUGCCAUACAACCGGUACUUUGCAAAAAAAUACAUGUGCCACAUCAAUUUCGAAGUCUGCGCCACACUCUCGAGCAUGAAGUACCUCUACAAGUAUGUACACAAGGGCGCAGACUGUAUCACAAUUCAAGCCAGUGCGAUCAAACACUUGACUGGGACGAAAUUCAAAAUUAUUUGGACUGUCGUUAUGUCAGUUCAACGGAAGCCGCGUACCGACUUAUGACAUUUCCUCUCGCAGACAGAUCACAUUCGGUAAUGACUUUGCCGGUUCAUUUGGAAAAUGAACAAGCCAUUCUGUUUGAUGACGACCUCCCUGAAGAGGACGUUGCAGCUGCAGUUGAUAAGCCAACCAAAUUGAUGGCGUGGUUCAUAUUGAACAACACAGACGUGGAAGCCCGGCAAUUGACAUAUGUUGAGAUUCCUGAACACUACACGUGGAACAACAGAGAGGCAGUGUGGGAAAAAAGAAGGCAAAUCUCAAAGACGAUUGGUCAAUUGAUGGAAGUGACUCCUACUGACGUGGAAUUGUAUCAUCUCAGAAUGUUGUUGCACCACGUGAGAGGUGCAGUGUCUUUUGAAAGUAUAAGAGAUGUCCACGGAACAGUGUUUCCAACAUACUUUUUAACGCUUGCAAAGAAAUGGGGCUGA